GUUGACAGCGGCGAGGAACGGGGCCGAGGCGGUAAACAAAACUUCUUAGUAAAAAAAAAAAAAAAGGACCGAGGACGUGCGCGUCGGGCGUUUAUCCCGGCGGACUCUCUCCGAACGCCCCGACGUUAUUUCCGAAGUUCCCCUCAAAUGCGUUAGCUCAGAAAACCCGACCGCGAGACGAGGGCUCGCGCCUGUCGACUCCGAAAUAGGUUGAGCGCGUUAGCCCGCUAGCUAGCUAGCUAGCUAGCUCGUUGGUAACGUCACCCGCCGCUGGCCAGCUUAGCCUAGCCUAAGGCUAUAGCCUAGCUUGCUCUGCUUCGGCCAUGUCGUCGCCGUCGUCCUCCCGGCGCCAGUGGUGCUACCUGUGCGACCUGCCCAAGAUGCCGUGGACCGUGGUGUGGGACUUCAGCGAGGUGGUCUGCCGGGGCUGCGUCAACUACGAGGGGGCAAACCAGAUAGAGUUCCUGAUAGCGAGCGCCCGGCAGCUGAAGAGAACCCACGGGAUGCAGGACGGCAGUGUACGGUCGCCCGGUCCUUCCCCGUCCCACAAACACGGCGCAGGUGGCAGAGGUGAGGGGGCCGGCGACCCGGGCAGGCCCCAUGCCGACCGCUACGAGCGGGGACUAAACCGAGAGGGCGCCGGGUCCGCCGCGCGCGUGCCACCAAACGGGCUGCACCGGGACGGCCAGCCGCCGCCGGAAGUGAACCGCCAGAGCCCGAGCGGCAGCCGCAGACCCAUGAUGAGCGCCGUCAUCCCCUCGAACCUCGUCACCCAGGGUAUCGCCGGAAUCUCCCACGGCCUGCUGUCGGGCAUGCCCGCCCUGACGGCCCGGGCCCCCAUGAGCAGCCCGUUGAUCUUCCCCGCCCCGGUGCUGGCGGAGAUGAGCCGCAGACACUUGGGCAUAGGGAUGGGGAUAGCGUCCUUUAUGACCCCUGAGCUGGAGCGCGAGCUGAGUUCAUCCCAGAGCCAGCCCAAGACGCAGACGCAGGGCCACACGGUGGCUGCUGGCAGCAGCUCCAAGAAUACGGGCCUCCCCUCCUCUUCGCCGUCCAUGGCUGGAGGAGUAAGCCAGACCAGCCCAAAGCCCGCCUCCUCCCCUGCCAGGCAGCCACGACCCAUGUCCGCCAGAUCCGGAGGCGAGCCCAUGGGCUCCAGCAACUCUGCAGAGGCGGCCACCACGGCUGCAGCAUUGCCCCACGGCGGAGCGUCGGAGCUGGGUUCUGCAUCAGCAGGCAGCACCCUUUCCUCCGGAACCACUCUCUCCUGCACCCUGUGUCACGAACGGCUCGAAGACACACACUUUGUUCAGUGUCCUUCUGUGGCGGGCCAUAGGUUUUGCUUCCCAUGCACCAGAGGUUACAUCCAGAGCCGGCGGGGUGAAGGGGAGGUGUACUGCCCCAGCGGAGAGCGUUGCCCCUUGGAUAGCUCUCCUAACAGCCCACCGUGGGCCUUCAUGCAGGGAGAAGUCUCUACCAUAUUGGGCACUAGCGGAGCCAACACAGGAGCUGCAGGGGUGGCUGCAUCUGGGGCAGGACCCGGACCCGGAUCUGGCCCCGUAGCUGGAGGUGGAACCGGAGCUGGUGCCAGUGCUGGAAAUGGGGACGUCACUGUCAAAAAGGAGAGAGAGACGUGAUACUGAGAGAUGUACAAACCUGGGCUUGGCAUAGCCACCGAGUCCUGUCCCAUACCAGAGAGUGGGAUUUUUAAACCCGAGAGCCUACCGAUGCUGAUUAGAGGUUAACCAGAAGAGCACUGUCCAGAGAGGCAGCCAUUACGCAGGUCCUAAACCCAAACCCACAUGCACCACCCAACACCGCCAAACCUCACAGACGUCUGAGAUGUCCACCUGAUGCUACGGAGACGGACCGUUUCCUUUCUUCAGUUCAGUCAAACGAAAGGUUCGACUUUUACUUUUCAUUUUAAUCCUGUACUUUUCCUCUUUGUUUUUGUUUUACUCUGAGGAAUCCCACACUCGGUUCACAACUGAUUCAACGCAAUGGUAAACAAGCAGAGUUUUGUGUAGAGGAAAAAUAAGAGCUCGACUCUUAAACACAAUGUAGAGACAAGUCAGGCAGAUGUGGCGUCCGGGUGGAAUGCCUUGUCUCGUCCCAGCUUUACAUGACAGCUGACCUAAUGGACUUGUUUCCAGAGAGAAGAGUGUUUGCUGUGUACAACCCACCGGUUCAUGUGUGUAGUGCAAUCACACACUCAGUAUCUGACUGUAGUAUGAACAUCGCUUACAUACGAGAAAUAGCCCAACGCCUACGCUUUACCCCGAAUGUAUAUGUAAAGGAUAGCUAUUGAUAGGCCUAGGACUGUAUUUUGUACUACGUUGUUAAAUGUCAUAUGCUGUGUAGUAAUCGCGCCAGUAUGUAUGUGCAAUCUAUAGUUAUGAAAUAUGCAAACGUUUGAAAUAUAUUAUUAAAAAAAAUUGU